AUGGAGCAAUUAAAAGCAUUGACAAAAGGGCGCGCCAGACUCAAGGCCAAUAUCACACGGAGCUUGGCUUGGGCUGAGGACGCGCAACAUUCGAACGCCACACGGGCAGAGGUGUCUUCGCGGCUGAAGCAUCUCGACACAACAUGGAAAGAAUUCAAUAGAUUUGGUGAUGAAAUAGCUAUGCUCGACGAAGUAGAUGGCUAUGUGGAUCCGGAGCAUGACAACAUAUUCUACGAGGAAAAAUAUCUAAGGGCAGAUGCAUUACUUUCGGCGAUGUUUAUGAAGCUGCCAACAACAACAAGGUCGGAUACAGCAACAUUACGGAAGGUGUCAGACGGCGCCAAUGAAAUAGUGCGUGGUUUGGAUGCCAUAGAGGAAACAGGACGAGAUUGUUGGAUCAUCUACUUGACGCUGGAGAAGCUGGAUGCAGAUACUCGACGCAGGUGGAUCGAGCGCAGUGUGGAGACAGACUCACCCACACUGGAGGAAUUCUUCAAAUUUUUGGAUGCACGUUGCGAGGAACUAGAGCUCAGCAAGCGUGAAACAAUCGGAGGCAAGACUACAGCCUCAAUCGGUGACAAGACAAGGAAGGUCACACAUUCGUUGGUUGUACUUGAAGGAAACAAGUGCAGCAAAUGUCAUUCUACAGAGCAUCGUCUGUAUGGAUGCCAACAAUUCUUGGAUAUGUCAGCAGGACAGAGGUUUUCGUUUGCCAAGGAAAACGCUCUAUGUUACAAUUGUCUGAAUCCUGGUCAUGGGGUCAGAAAAUGCAAAUCUACGUUCAAGUGCAGACAAUGUAAAGGUCAGCAUCACUCACUGUUGCACCUGCAACGCACGCAACAGGCUAUUGGAACAAUCUCUCAAACUGGUGAGGAUCAGGAGGAUCCUAGCGCACACAUCUCAACGGUGGCUACGAGUCACAUCGCACAAGCAGAAGGUUCUGCAGCAAUUGUAUGUGCACAAGGCAGUGCAAAUUCACAACAAUCAACUGGAUGGAACAGGAGCACCUUGCCUACGGCCAUGGUCAACGUUCGCAACGCAAAGGGAGAUUUGGUAGCAUGCCGACUCCUAUUGGACACGGGUUCAGAACUGUCGUACAUAUCUGAACGCUGUAUACAAAAACUUGGUUUGGCUCGUACGCCAUCACGCAUACUGGUUACGGGAAUUUCAUCAACAAAAGCAGACACUACAAGGGGAUGCAGCACUAUAAGCAUCCAAUCCCGUAUUUCGCAAGAUCAGCUGGUAGUCCAGGCUCACGUGCUUGGAAAGAUUACAUCAUCAUUGGAAAGGCAGACCAUUGACACGUCUGUACUUCGAGUUUUCAACGAUCUGCAAUUGGCAGAUUCGCAAUUUAGCACGAAUGCCCCAAUUGACAUUCUUUUGGGCAGCGAACACGUUUGGAGUGUUAUAACUGGAAGAAAAAUCUACGACGACAAAGGAAAGCUCAUUGCUAUAUCAUCAAUUUUCGGAUGGGUAAUUACAUCACUGCUUUCAUCACGCGCAUGCAGCGCUACGGCACUUACAACAACAAUAGACAUCGAUGCUUAUCUCAGAAGGUUCUGGGAACUGGAAAGCAUACAACGCAAAGCAGAAGUUCAACCUGAAGACGAGGAGGUGGAGAAACACUUUCUCGCAACACACACUCGAGACAAACAAGGCAAGUACAUCGUGGAACUUCCGUUUAAAGUAUCCGAAACACUAUUCGCAGAUACACUUCAAGGAGCGCUGCAGAGGUUCAAAUCAGUUGAACGACGUUUGGCACAAAAUCAUCAAUUACGUAACGACUACGUGAAGUUCAUGAGGGAAUACCAGGAGCUAGGACAUAUGCGAGAAAUCUCACCGAGCGAUAUUCCCAAGGGUAGGAAUUUCUACUUGCCACAUCAUCCCGUAUUGGGUCGGAAACUUAGAGUGGUUUUCGACGGCUCAUAUCAAGACGCCAAUGGCAUGGCAUUAAACGACACGCUCUCAAUCGGACCGAGUAUUCAGCGAGACCUAUUUGCUGUGUGCUUGCGAUUCCGUAUGUACAAAUACGUCUUUUCAGCGGACAUAGUCAAGAUGUUCCGUCAAAUAUGGGUGAGCGAAAAACAUAGAGACUAUCAAAGAAUCGUAUGGAGAGAGGAUCCCUCAGAUCCUAUCAAGCACUUCCAACUAUGCACGGUGACGUAUGGAACAUCAUGCGCACCAUUUCUAGCAGUCAGAGUGCUAGAGCAACUAGCUGCUGACCAUAAGCACGAGUUUCCGAACGCAGCAAAAAUCGUGUUGGAGGACUUCUAUGUCGACGACGUUCUCACUGGAGCAAAUAGUGAGGAUGAGCUGCUACGCAACAGGGACGAACUGGUCCAACUGAUGUCCUGUGCUAACCUAGAGCUCGGGAAAUGGGUAUCGAAUACCAAACGCAUCAAAUCGGAGGAUAACACGGAUUCCUCACAAUCACCAGUCAAAGUGCUAGGGCUGCAUUGGCACCCUGGAGAGGACACAUUGUCGUACAAUGUAAACCUAUCGAAAGACCCUCGCUGCACCAAGAGGCAAGUGUUGUCGGAUGUCUCACAUGCAUCCACCAAGGCGUACUCAGCGGUGGUAUACAGCCGAGUGGUUAACGACGAUGGAACCAUUUCGGUCGCCAUACUUGCUGCAAAAACCAGAGUGGCACCUUUGAAGCAGCAGUCUUUGCCGCGCCUGGAACUAUGUGGCGCACUUCUAUUGAGUCAACUUCUGCAAUCCAUAAAAGCUGGACUAAUGAACAACGACGUAACGAUCUACGCAUGGAGUGAUUCGACGAUAGUCCUGUCAUGGUUAUCGUAUUUACCAGCCCAACUCAAGACGUUUGUUGGGAACCGCACUUCAGAAAUCCUCGAAACCAUCCCGAAGCAUGCAUGGCGGCAUGUAGACUCAAAAUCGAACCCAGCGGAUUGCGCAUCCCGUGGCUUGGGAGUAUCCGAGCUCAUUGACUUCCAAUUAUGGUGGAAGGGUCCUUCAUGGCUGAGGGACAAGAAACAAUUCUUGGAAAGGUUGAACAAUACUCAUAACUGUACUUCUCUUUCAGACAAACGCAUACAAGACGAAGUCAAAACUACCUGCCUAGCUGCGCAGACGAAUGUCACGACGGACAACCCAUGGGAUAAGCUUCUCAAUCGCAACUCAUCUUGGCUGAAGCUUAUACACACACUUGCUUACGUUUUGCGCUUCAUUCAUCGCAUGAAGCACCCAUCUUCGAAACAAACAUCAAACUCUCUAACGUUCGAUGAGAUCAAGGCAGCAAGGAUUCGGUGGCUGCAACACGCUCAAGCUGGUUUUCAACAGGAGUCCCAGUUGCUACGCGCAAACAAGGCUCUAGGGAACCAAUCUCAAUUGGUCAAGCUCUCACCAAUCAUCGACAAGGACAACCUGCUAAGAGUGGGUGGACGAAUCCAACAUUCACAGUUGUCAGCAGAGGCGAAGCAUCCUAUUUUGCUUCCAAAGAAUCAUCGGAUCACAUAUUUGAUCAUUGAGCAUGAGCAUCGUUUUAAUUUGCAUCCUGGAGUCUCAUCUCUCUUCGUCAUUGUUCGACAAAGGUAUUGGAUUUUCGGCGCACGAAAUUUAAUACGCAAAAUCACACACAACUGCCUGGCUUGCUUUCGGCAAAGGUACAACACAAUGCAUCAACGUAUGGCAGAUUUACCGAGCGUACGUAUCACGCAAGCACUUCCGUUCGUAAACACCGGAUGUGAUUACGCAGGACCCAUUCUUCUAAAGGACGCAAAGGUGCGUAAACCACGCAUCAGCAAGGGCUACAUAUGCCUAUUCGUUUGUAUGGUCACUUCGGCGAUCCAUCUUGAACUCGCCACGGACCUAUCCACGGAAACAUUUCUGGCGGCGUUGCGACGAUUUUUCUCGAUACGAGGCAAAUGCAACUGCAUGUACAGCGACAAUGGUACAAAUUUCAUCGGAGCGAAGCGAUCCCUCGAUGAAAUGCAGCAACUCUUAAGUUCAUCUCAACACAAAGAUCAAAUCGUGAACACCCUUGCAGACGAAGGGAUUCAAUGGACAUUCAUCCCACCACGUGCUCCGCAUUGGGGAGGAAAAUGGGAAUCUGCAGUUCGAUGCGUAAAACUGCAUCUUCGACGAGUCAUUGGAAACACCACCCUGACAUACGAACAAAUGCGCACCUUGCUUGCGCAAAUUAGUGCUGUCGUCAACUCACGACCCCUAUGCUACACAUCAGAUACAGAUGACAGCUAUCUAUCACCAGCCCAUUUUCUUAUCGGAAGACCAUUCACAACAAUACCGGAGGCGGAUCUUGGCCACAUUCCUGUGGGCCGACUGGGAUACUGGCAGAGUAUCCAAUCUAUGUACCAGGGCUUCUGGAAGCAAUGGCACCAGGAGUAUUUGACAAGUCUACAGCACCGUCCUAAGUGGACCACAACAACCCCUAACAUUUCGAUCGGUAGCGUUGUGCUCGUCAAGGAGUCCAACACACCACCAGCAUCAUGGCAACUAGUGAAGGUGAUCGACACGUUCCAAGGAAAGGACAAUAUGAUUCGCGCAGUCAAGAUCAAUACGGCAGCAGGAGAAUUGACCCGGCCAAUAACGAAAAUUGCGAAACUACCCAGUUCAGAAACCGUGUUUCAGGGUGGCCCGGGAUGUUUAGGAACUAUCGAUACAUAG